AUGACCCCAGACAAGUGGCCCAGUUUCGACUCUCUCCCCCUCGAUCCUAAUGGCCCUCCCGGCAACGCAUGGGGUCUCUUUGGACCGCACGAUCAACUAGGCAUGCUCAAUCUCCUCACCCCAGACGUCGUCGCCGCAGCAGCAAAGGAAAUCCAACAGGGAUUAAGAGUCUCGCUCGAUUGGCCUUUAAAUAAGCCUUCUUUCCCAACGUUUACGCGGAAACAGUUUGAACAUCGGAUUGUUCAUGAGGAGACGACGCCGAUGAAUGAUGAUGAGGUGCAUUUUAAUACGCAGAGUAGUACGCAGUGGGAUGGGUUUCGGCAUUUUGCGUUUCGGUCAACACGGCAAUUCUUCAAUGGGCAUAUACAAGAGGACUUUGAGAAUCCAGAUACACUUGGAAUAGACAAAUGGGUAGAUAGAGGCGGUAUAAUCGGCCGCGGCGUCCUCCUCGACUGGGCCGAAUGGGCCGAGCGCAAUGGCAAAGAAGUAAAACCAUUACAAUCAGGCGCCGUCCCUUUAUCCGAUCUCCAAACCAUUAUUCACGAGCAAAAAAUUGAGAUUCGUCCCGGCGACAUCCUCUUCAUCCGAGUCGGAUUCACAAAGGCAUACGACGCACUUACAUCAGAACUACAACAAAGUUACCCAAACCGUCAACCCGGGGGAUUACUCGGGUUCGAAGCUAAUCGAGAUUCUCUGAGAUGGUUAUGGGAAUCUCGGUUUUCGGCUGUAGCGAGUGAUUCACCUAGUUUUGAGAGGGGGCCUACGACGGGACCAUAUAAUGACCCGACUGUUAGUGUGCAUCAGUGGGCGUUGGCGGGUUGGGGAUUGCCUCUGGGUGAGAUGUUUGAUUUGGAGGAAUUGGCAGACACGGCGAGGAGAUUGGGGAGGUAUUCGUUUUUCUUGACGAGUGUUCCUAUCAAGGUGAUUACGUUUUUUCUCCUCUUCCUUUUGCUCGCUGUCAUUCUGGUCUGA